AUGUCGUGGCGUACGCGUGUCGUCCGCUGUCCACUGCAAGAACCGCACAAUCCAUUCGACAUGGGGCGUGUGAUGCAGCGGUUUUGGAGCCCCUUUUGCAAAGGCGUUAAGGGACCUGACUUACAUACAUAUGGAUUUGGUGAAACUUUUAGUGGUAUGCGUACGCAUGACAGCGAUUUCACCUGCCAGGUUAAUGGGCAGGUGGGUGGUGCAAAACUCGUAGAGGAUUUUUUCAUUACUCUUCUUUGUGGAUUCGACUUUGAACAUGUGAAAGUGGAACGGCACUUAACGACGAGUGGUGCUGCUGAUCCUUGUCAGUUUCAAGGAACUAUUGUAUUGGCACAUACUCGUCCAUUUCUUGGCUGGUGCCCGCAGCCCGUUACGCACAGUCUUGAGAAAUGUCCCUCCCCGUCUGAGUGUGAUGCAACAAAGGUUUCUACUAAUAAUAUUAAUGAAUUGGGGAACACAACAGCAACAGCGAGCAGGUGUUUGGUGCAGACGGGCGGCAACACGGAGGCGCCAGUUCCUUCACUUAUUUUGAAUGUUCCCUUCACUGCGCGAUUAGAAGGGAAUGUUGGGCGUAUUUCACAUAUGAUACUUCGGUCUCCUGCAAUAGGUGUUAUAGCGGCUCAUCAAUGUUGUCCUGCUGAAGUGGGCAGUUGUCUUCAAAAUCCUGAGGCUUUGCAGGCGCUUGUUACCCUCCGGCGCGCAAAUGUACGACCGGAAAUGAUCACGGACAGGACGCUCGUAGGUAUUACUGCAAAGAAGGCAGCGUGGUGUUCUGCGUUAGGAAUUCUGUAA